GAGACAAAGCAAAUUGUAAAUGGAACACCAUCUAUUAAAAAAUGUAGACGCUGGAAUAAAGAAGGUGAAAGCUACCUCUUCAGCUGGACAAGUUGCUGAAAUUGAGUAUAACGAAAUAAAAGUUGCAGGAGUUGGCUCUUUUGGCGUCGUGAAGCAGGUAAAAUUUACUGGAAGAUCUGAGUUUUUUGCCAUCAAAAGUGUUUUACAGAACACAAAAUACCGAAAUAGAGAACUGCAGCUGGUUAAAGAACUAAGGCAUCCAAACAUAAUCAAGAUGGAAUACUUUUUUUUUACGAAUGUUGAAGAUAAAAUUUUCUUAAAUCUUGUUAUGGAGUACGUUCCAACCACAGUUGCAAAUGUUUGUCAAUUUUAUUUAAAAAAAGGAGAACAGAUGCCCUUAAUUCUUAGUAAAUUAUACAUCUACCAAUUAUUUAGUUCGCUCGCUUACCUGCAUUCUCUGGGGAUUUGCCAUAGAGACGUUAAACCGCAAAACUUAUUAGUGGAUCUAAAAACUGGAAUCUUGAAACUUUGCGAUUUCGGCAGUGCCAAGUUAUUAGUGGAGGGAGAGCCCAGCAUUUCUUACAUCUGCUCUCGCUACUACCGAGCUCCUGAAUUACUUUUUGAUGCCAAUGACUACACGACGGCGGUGGACAACUGGUCUGCUGGUUGCGUGUUUGGGGAAAUGCUCGUGGGCCGACCACUUUUCGCAGGAGAAACGACUGUUAAGCAGUUGCUGGGCAUCACAAAGAUCUUGGGUACGCCUACCUCAGAGGACAUGAUUUCUAUGAAUCCUUCUUACGCGGAUUUCGCUGGUUUGGAAGUGCGGAAGGGCUCUUGGACUGAGAUUUUAAAAUUUGUUGAAAUUGAAGAGGACACUUUUGAAUUUUUAAAAAGUCUUUUAAAGUAUAAUCCUCUAAAGCGGCUGUCAGCGAAGAUGGCGCUGGAGUCAACUUUUUUUAGUGAGUUGUUUGAUCCCUCUACCAAACUUCCUUGCGGAAAUCCAAUACCAGAAUUACUUCAGAACAAUAUUUGAAUGUGGUGCUGA